CCACCGACCGACACGGGUGUUAUCAAACGUCCGCCACCGAUGGAGCUUUUAGUCGCACACCCGUAGGCUGGCUGGCCACAGCUCCACCAACAAGUGGAAUCGUAGAGAAAUCGUGUCAACACGUUUAAGCUAAUAUGUCAGCGCGUCCGAUAUUGUACUAUGCGCUUUUCAGUCCGCCCGCCAGAGCCGCAUUGCUCACAUCAAAAUUUAUCGGAUUGAAUGUGGAAUUGAAAACUAUCAACUAUGCCUCACAGGAGCAUCAAAGCGAUUGGUUCCUGAAGGUAAAUCCGCGACACACUGUACCCGUGCUGGUCGAUCAAGGUGUGCCGUUGUGUGACAGCCACGCCAUCAUUACCUAUAUGGUCAAUCAGUAUGGAGAAAGUCACCACGAUCAUUUAUAUCCGAAAGAUUUCUUAAAGCGUGCCGUCGUCGACGAGCGUUUGUAUUAUGAGGACGGUGUACUAUUUCAAGUGAUAAAAGAUUUUGUGGCACGCAUAAUGUAUGGCGGCGAUAUCGAUUAUCAUCGUAAAAGUAUCGAGCUGUCGCAUAAUGCCUACAGUUUUCUUGAAGGAUUCCUGUCACGUAGCAGUUACGUAGCCGGCGAAGAAUUAACUUUGGCGGAUAUUUCCAUUAAUACCACACUCAUUACAUUGCAUAAGUUGGUGACCGUAGAGGAGCGGCGAUAUCCGAAAAUCUGCGCGUGGAUGCAGCGGAUGCGUGAAGAAUUACCGGAGUACGAAGAGAUUAAUGAGCAAGGCGCACAACAGUUAUAUUUACGCUUUCAGAAUGCUUUGGAGCAGAAUAUGACUAAGCGAGACCCGUUCGCAGGAUAGUCGGGUUUAUGUUAACGGAAAGCAUCUGGUGUUUUAUGCAGCCAAUGACUGUCAAGGGAAGAGAGAAAUUGCACAGGGAAAUAAAAGAGCGAUUGGAUGCUAUAUACGAUGAUUUUUCUCUUUCGCUUGCCGACCAAUUGGUUUAACGAGUUUCAACAUGGUCGCAUGUGAGGUUUUGAUGAUCCACACCCAGGUGCCUUAAAAACGGAGGAUAAUGUGACAAAAAUUCUCAAUUUCAAUUUUGUAUAACGUCGACUGAAGGUGCGCUAAUUAACUGAAAUAGUAAGGAUCUCUAAAGACAGCGUUCAGUAAUGUUUGACGUAACCGUCGACGGAACAUGGAUCUCCUGAUUCAAAACAAAGACCAACAAUAGGCCAAAAAGUGAAAUUCGCAAGGCAAGCCCGCUCGAAAUGUGUAUUUGUUGACAGGAAAGGUGAUAGCCACAGUUUUUUGGGAUUCACAAGGUCUGAUCUACAUCGACUACCUUUUAGGGCAAAGAAAUCGUGCUUUUCCAAGACGACGCACCGAUAAACAACACAAUCAAAUUGGUCGACUACGCGCGACUUCUUUAUAAACUUGUGAAAGUCAAUCGCCGGGCAGCCGAAUGUAAAAUAUAUCGUUCCUACGAAAGCCUACUUUGCCGACUUCUACAAAACCUUUUUUUCAGAGGGGUUAAGAGUAUCGACAAAUAAAUUGCACUUUUUUUAAA